AUGAAACUAUCAGCACUUACUAGACCGACAAAAGUAGUCGUACGGAACGGUAUCAGAACACUCCUCACCACCACUACAUCAACCGAUUCGGCACCUCACGCAUAUCUCCGACCAUACCUACAAAGCAAAGAUGAAGCUCAGCCAGAGAAUGAGGGAUUGGAAGGUGUGAUGUGCUUAGUGCUUAACAGACCGGAAACCAAGAAUGCUCUGAGUGUGAGGAUGGUAGAGGAGAUGAGAGAGGGUAUAGCUAAAUUGGAUUCAAUGCCUAUAUCCUCAGCACGUAUAUUGCUCCUCCAUUCUUCCCAACCCAACUUAUUCUGUUCGGGUGCAGAUCUCAGAGAGAGGCGCACAAUGUCUGCAUCUCAAGUAUCCUCUUUCCUCGAUUCUCUGAGAGAUAUGCUGAGGGAAUUAGAAGGGAUCAAGAUACCUUCUAUAGCUGUGAUCGAUGGGUAUGCUCUGGGUGGAGGAGCCGAAUUGGCUCUAGGGUGUGAUCUGAGAGUAGGAGGCGAAAACACCAAAAUAGCCCUGCCAGAGACCAAACUCGGUAUCAUUCCUGGAGCAGGUGGUACCCAGCGUCUAACUCAUCUGGUCGGGGUAUCAAAAGCCAAAGAAUUGAUAUAUACAGGUAAACAUAUAGAUGGAGUCGAAGCUGAACGAAUAGGAUUGAUCAAUGCUUAUUCCCCUCAGCCAUUCCAAUCUGCACUUUCGCUCUCCCGACAAAUCAUAUCUUCCGCACCACUCGCUUUGGCAUCUGCUAAAACCGCUAUCACCUCCGCCACAAGAUUAUCCUUAGAAGAUGGGUUGGAUCUAGAAAGAAGAGUGUAUAAUAAAUUGCUAGAUACGGAAGAUAGACAAGAGGGAUUGAAGGCGUUCAAGGAGAAACGGAAAGCUGUAUUCAGCGGGAGAUAA